AUGUCUACCAGAGUCAUCAACAAGAGCGAGUUCUGGGUCUACAAGACCUCAAAGGAAGGCGCCCCCGAAUUCAAGGUAACAAAGUACGAAGCCGAGUACGUGAUCAACGACCACGAAUGCCUCGUGCGCGUAUCCCCCUUCCCGCGCUCCAUGGGCCAGGAAGGAAAAGGCUUCUAUUUCACAAAAUCCGGCCACCUCAAGGCGGCAAAGGGCAACGUGUACAAGAUCAUCCAGCUACCCAAGAUGGUCGUCGUCACGCCUAAAGGCAGCGCCAAGGAAGGCGACAAGUUCGACCUGUGCACGGUGAAUGGUAUGGCGAUGCCGCCGGAGGUCACUGGCGAUCCUCAGCUGGGGCAAACCGUUGAGGGAUUCUGGGUGUCGCAUGCGGGGUUCUUGAAGUUUGGGUCGGGGGUUGUUGUCAAGAUUAUUGAGAACUUGGAGAUUGCGAUCGUGGAGCAUCCGGAGCAGGGGGUGUUCCUCUGA